CUUCCCCAGAUUUAUUACAAAAAAACGUUGACGUUUAAAAUUUCUUUAAAAGUUUUUUAAGUCUUCUUCCUUACUUCAAAGCUUUUAGCCCUUUUAUCUCUUUUCUCUUUCUCUUUCUCUUUGUUUGUGUAAGUCUCGAAUGGAGCAAAGGACUUUAGAGAUCAACGUCGUCUCCGCCACAGAUCUCAAAGAUGUCAACCUCAUCACAAAGAUGGAUGUAUACGCCGUCGUUUCGAUCUCCGGCGACUCUCAUCCCUACCACCAGAAGACCAAGACCAACGUUGACCGUGGCUGCGGAUCCAAACCCACAUGGAAUUACCCCAUGAAAUUCACCAUCAACGACGCCGCCGCAAAGCAGAACCGACUCUCACUCGUCUUCAACAUCCGCUGCGAGCGCAGUCUCGGCGACAAAGACAUCGGCCAAGUCAUCGUCCCGGUCAAAGAGCUUCUUGACUCUGCUGGUGAUGGAAGCUCCAUGAAAUUCACGAGCUACCAGGUCAGAAAACCCUCCGGAAAACCCAAAGGCGUGCUCAAUUUCUCCUUCAAAUUUGGGGAAAAGUUCUCCGCCGCCGCUGCCACGGCCUCCGCUGCCGAAUAUGUAGCUACGAAGACGAAAACAGCCGAAGAGCCCGUCACCGCUUAUCCGGCGCCCCCGGGGGUCGGGUCUUCGGUCGGAGCAUAUCCACCACCUCCGGGAGCAUAUCCACCUUAUCCGCCGGUACAGGGAUACGGAGGGUAUCCACCACCGCCGCCUCAACCAGGUUAUGGUGCAUACCCGCCACCGCCUCAACCGGGUUAUGGAUAUCCACCGCCUGGAUAUGGGUAUCCACCGCCGGGUCAGGGGUAUGGGCAGCCGCCGUUGCAGCAAGCAGGGAAGAAGAAGAACAAGUUUGGAAUGGGAAUGGGAGCUGGAUUGCUAGGAGGACUGCUGGGUGGGAUGUUGAUCGGAGAUAUGGUGUCGGAUGCGGCUGCUUAUGAUGCCGGGUACGAUGGCGGGUUUGAUGAUGCCGGGUUCGGUGAUUUUUGAUUGCGGAUUGGAAGCUUGGUUUUGACUUAUCCUUGUUGAAUGGUUCUAUUGUACGUAACAAUAUCUCCUUUUAUUUUAUUUUAUUUUUUUUUCAUGAUGUGGAUAUUACUCUAUUAUAUUAAUUAAUAUGUUUAAUAAAAUAAAAUAAAUGUUUUUUUA